AUGCCUUUAUAUACAAUAACAUUUAAAGUAAUCAAAAGAAAAAGGAAAACUGAUGGCGCUCUUGCAAUAGAUGAUAUCUUACUCGCAAACAGAGCAUGUACAGAUAGUUUGCAAGAAUGUAGCUUUGAAAGCAAUGCAUGCUAUGCCAAUACGAUAUCGACUAUUGAAGGGACCUACUCAUGGUUUCGACAAAAAGGUGAAUCUUUAUACAGCGAUACUGGCCCAAAAACAGACCAUACAACAGGAUCUGUAUAUGGUCACUAUAUGUACUUGGACAGUUAUAAUGCAUCCGAUGGUGAUAUUGCAUAUAGCCAAGGUCCAUCUGUUAAUGUGAACGAGGAGUCUUGUUUGAAAUUUUGGUAUCAUAUGUAUGGAACUGACGUUGGAAGGUUAAAUGUGACCCUUAAUAAAAAUGUGAUUUGGUCAGACAAUGGAGACAAAGGUGACAAUUGGAAUUUAGCUAAAGUCGACAUAGACUCUCAAGGAUAUUUAACUUUUGAAUUUGUUGGCAUAUAUGGAAGCGGCAUAGUAUCUGAUAUUGCAGUCGACGAUAUAUUGCUAUUACCAGGAUCAUGCUCAGGGUUAAUUGAUCAUCAGAAAAUAUGUGUUGAUUUGAACGAUGGGCUGCAUGCCGAGACUUAUUGUUCCAAAGACUAUCUUGAUUUAGCGAAUUUUAAGUUAUUAUUUAACCCAGAAAAGACGGAUGAUUAUUGUUCUAGCAUAUAUUAUCAGACAAAAUCCCACCUUCUGAAUGAAUGUAAAAACCGUACAGAUUCACAAAAGUGUUGGAUUAAUCUUUCAACUGAUGUUAGUUCUCAUCCAGAAUGUUUUCGGUUGUACGAAAUUCGGAUACAUCAUACAUGUAAAGUUUCGGAAACUACGACAGUUUCAUCAUUUACUGCCUUAAGAGAAGUUCCAAGUACAGGUAUGGCUGAUCAUGAAUUUGUAACACAAAAAGAAACAAAGUGA